CAAGUGCUGUCAAACCGUGCUGAUCCUGGGUGAGACAUAUUCUCUCAGUCCCAUAAAAGUCCGGGAUCGGGUCGCUUUAUUUGAAUCGUCACGAGCUGGGCGGAGGCAGCUGAGCCAGGGCGUUUGGGUGCCAAGUUUCCAGGCUGCCAUUCCCUCACUGGUCAACUUGAAGCAGGAAAGGGCCGCUUCCAGGCCACCGGGCAGUUCUUUAUUUACAAAAAUCCAAGGGAAUGGCCGAGGCCCCCGUCACCCGGCAGGUCGGGAGCCAGGCCUUUCCGCAGCCUCCUCCUGCUCCUCCUCCGCCAGAAGCUGAUCUCCUCUUUCGGGAGGCCGCCCAGUGCCCGCUGCUGGACGCGGCCGGGGAGAAGACCCCCUUCGGGACCCUUUUCCGCGACCGGAAGGCCAUCGUGGUCUUUGUGCGGCAUUUCUUGUGUUAUACUUGUAAGGAGUAUGUGGAAGACCUGGCCAAAAUUCCCAAGAAAUAUUUAGAAGAUGCAAAUGUCAGACUUGUAGUUAUUGGCCAAUCAUCACCUGACCAUAUUAAACCAUUUUGCCACUUGACUGGUUAUUCUCAUGAAAUAUAUGUGGAUCCAGGAAGAGAAAUUUAUAAAAUACUUGGCAUGAAAAAUGGGGAGACAGCUGAUACUCCAGUGCAGAGUCCACAUGUUAAAUCCAGCUUUCUGUCGGGACACAUUAAGAGCAUAUGGAGAGCGGUGUUUAGCCCUGCAUUUGAUUUUCAAGGAGAUCCCACACAGCAAGGAGGUGCUUUGAUUUUAGGUCCAGGUAAUCAAGUCCACUUUGUGCAUUUGGAUAAGAACAGAUUGGAUCACGUACCCAUUAACACUGUUUUGCAGCUUGCUGGUGUUCAAACAGUAAACUUCACUCAGAGAUCUCAGAUUAUUGAUGUCUGACCUCAGAAGAUGAGAGAGAGGUAGAAAGUCAAAUGGUACACUUCAAAGGCUAUAGCAACAAACCACACAGGACGAAGUUGUUGUGACUUUGUUCAAUGGAAGGUCCUUGGCUGUUGAAUUCAGACUGGUUAACAGUGUGCAAGAAAAGAACAUCAUUCUUAAAUUUGCAAACAUUGUGCCCGAGCCUGCAUUUUUAUACUUUCUUUUAUAGGAUUAAGUCACACUGAACUCAUUCUUACUUUUUGAGUAGACAUGUAUAGGAUUAUGCUUCUCAUAUAUAGUGUAAAAGAUAUAUUUUGUUCAUAGCAUCACUAUGAUCACUAUGUAGCCUUUUUGAUUUUUGAGAAAUAUUUGAUAAAGUUAUUCAUGAGUUGGUAAAAUAAAAUUAUCAUCUACAGCAGUGGUUCCCAACCUUUGGUCCUUCUGUUGCUUUGGACUUCAACUCCCAACCAGUUUACCAGCUGUUGAGAAUUGUGGGAGCUGAAGCCCCAAAACACCUGGACCAAAAGUUGGGAACCACUGAUCUACAGAUAUAAAUAUCUAAAUUUCCACUGUGUGAAAUAGGAAUCAUAAUCAAAUGAUUAAAGUAGUGAUACAGUUAUGGGGAAUUCCUAUUCCUAUUUGAUUGAGCUGGACUCUACACACCAUGAAACAAACUGCAAUAAAAUGCUUAUAACUUCAAACAGCAGUCAUCUAAUGACUACAUACUGUGUGCAGCUUUUGAAGGCAAUAUGCAUUUAAUGAUUACAUUAAAAGUUCUUUCUGAAGUUUCCAACGGUUUUGUGGGAUUUUGGUGUGGAUGUUGGGGUGCAUUUGAAUAAACAGUCCUAAAAUAUAA